AUGGAGACUGGCGCCGGUCCACACCCGCUGCGCCUGUUCGUCUGCCUGAUGCCACUCUGCCUCGCUCUGCUUCUGGGACCCGGGCGGCCCGGGACCGCCGAGGAAGUCAUCCUCCUGGACUCCAAAGCUUCCCAGGCUGAGCUGGGUUGGACUGCACUGCCAAGUAAUGGGUGGGAGGAGAUUAGUGGCGUGGACGAACAUGACCGUCCCAUCCGGACAUACCAAGUAUGCAACGUGCUGGAGCCCAACCAGGACAACUGGCUGCAGACGGGUUGGAUUAGCCGCGGCCGUGGGCAGCGCAUCUUCGUGGAACUGCAGUUCACGCUGCGGGAUUGCAGCAGCAUCCCUGGCGCCGCAGGCACCUGCAAAGAGACUUUCAACGCUUACUACCUGGAAACUGAGGCCGACCUGGGACGUGGGCGUCCCCGCCUAGGAGGCAACCGACCCCGCAAGAUAGACACUAUCGCCGCUGAUGAGAGCUUCACGCAAGGCGACCUGGGGGAACGCAAGAUGAAGCUGAACACAGAGGUGCGUGAGAUUGGCCCCCUCAGCCGGCAGGGUUUCCACCUAGCCUUCCAGGAUGUGGGUGCGUGUGUGGCGCUGGUCUCCGUGCGUGUCUACUACAAGCAGUGCCGUGCCAUAGUGCGGGGCCUGGCGGCCUUCCCCGCCACAGCAGCUGAGAGUGCCUUCUCCACCCUGGUGGAAGUGACUGGAACGUGUGUGUCCCACUCAGAAGGGGAGCCUGGCAGCCCUCCCCGCAUGCACUGUGGCGCCGACGGCGAGUGGCUGGUGCCCGUGGGUCGUUGCAGCUGCAGUGCAGGAUUCCAGGAACGCGGUGACGUCUGUGAAGCCUGUCCCCCAGGGUUUUUCAAAGUGUCCCCAAGGCGGCCCCUCUGCUCACCAUGCCCGGAGCACAGCCUGGCUCUGGAGAAGGCCUCUACAUUCUGCGUGUGCCAGGACACCUACGCUCGUUCACCCACUGACCCGCCCUCAGCUUCCUGCACCCGGCCGCCGUCCGCUCCACGGGACCUGCAGUACAGCCUGAGCCGCUCCCCCCUGGCGCUGCGGCUGCGCUGGCUGCCGCCUGCGGACUCCGGCGGCCGUUCCGACGUCACCUACUCGCUGCUGUGCCUGCUCUGCGGCCGCGACGGCCCGGCGGGCGCAUGCCAACCCUGCGGGCCACGUGUGGCCUUCGUCCCGCGCCAGGCCGGGCUGCGGGAACGAGCCGCCACGCUGCUGCACCUGCGGCCGGGCGCGCGCUACACCGUGCGCGUGGCCGCGCUCAACGGCGUCUCAGGCCCCGCGGCCGCCGCGGGAGCCACCUACGCGCAGGUCACAGUGUCCACCGGACCUGGGGGUAAGGCGGCGCGCCCCCAGUGGAGACAAUCCCCCACUACCUCCCAGCAGGAGUUCCUUGCAUGCAUUCCCAAGGCUUUCGGGAACCCACGUGACCGCACCCCCUGA